GACAGGUUCCAACUUCCAACUCUCUUAUCGCAGCCUAUCUCAAUUCCUGUGCUGUACUGGUCCAUUGCUGCAUUUGUCCUUUUGUCAGCAUCCAGUCGGGUCGAUCCUGACUCUUCCUCUCGAUACCUGUUUGAUCCUCUGGUGUCUUGCUACUUUGCUUGUUUUACUAUUUCCUGAGCAUUACCUGGUAGUCUCUUCUCUUUCAUAACCGACAGGAACCUAACAGCUCAAUGAGCUUGCCUCACUACUAGUAGCUCUGUUAUCAUGCGCCAUCCAUCGCUGUUGUCCUGCUCGCUCCCGCUGCUCCUCCAGCUCACUCCGGGCUCGGCAUUCCCCAUCAUCGGUCAAGGGGUCUUCAUCAAUGCCUCCAGCUCCGGCGGCAGCAGGGGCGCUGUUUCCAGCGAAAGCUCCAUAUGUUCCAAAAUCGGGAUAGACACCAUUGCACUAGGGGGAACGGCCGCUGAUGCUAUGGUGGCAACAACACUAUGCGUGGGCGUCAUCGGCAUGUACCACUCCGGCAUUGGCGGAGGAGGCUUCAUGCUCGUCCGUGACAAGAAUGGCGUGUACGAGGCCAUCGACUACAGGGAGACCGCCCCUGCCGCAGCGUUCAGGGACAUGUACGAGCACAAUCCCAACGCCAGUGUAUUCGGCGGCUUGGCUGUUGGUGUUCCUGGUGAGCUCAGGGGGUUGGAGUAUCUACAUCGGAAAUACGGUAUAUUGCCAUGGAAGACGCUAGUCAUGCCUGCUGUACGCGUUGCCCGAGAUGGCUUCCGGGUCAACGAGGACCUGGUCCGGUAUAUGGAGGCUGCCAGUGCCGAUAAUAAUACCUUUCUUGUGGACGAUCCCACAUGGGCGGAGGACUUUGCUCCCAACGGCACGCUGGUCCAACUCGGGGAUACAAUCACGAGAAAGCGCUAUGCAGAUUCUCUUGAGAAGAUCGCCAACGAAGGAGUUGAUGUGUUCUACAAAGGGGGUAUCGCGAAAUCCAUGAUCGACCUCAUCCAAAAGACAAACGGAACCAUGACGCUUGAGGACCUGAAGAACUACACAGUCGAUGUGAAGCCACCGCUGAACAUCACCUACGGCGACUACAGGUUGUUCACAACCGACGCGCCGAGCAGUGGAGCUGUCAUGUUCAGCAUUCUCAAGACAAUGGAGGAGUAUCCCGUACAGGAUCUCAUCGACACCAACCUGACCACCCACCGUUUCGUCGAGGCCAUGAAGUUCGCCUAUGGGGCGCGUCUAGAGUUUGGCGACCCGGCGUUUGUCCAGAACGUCACCGAUAUUGAGGGGUGGCUGCUAAGCAACGACACGGCCCAGGACAUUCGUCACCGCAUCUUGGACAACCAAACCCAAGCGGUUGAAGCCUACGACCCCUUGUCCCUGUACAACCCCGAGAGCCACGGCACUUCCCACAUCGUCAGCGCGGACGCCUCUGGCUUGACCGUCACGUCCACGACCACGAUCAAUCUCCUCUUCGGUGCGCAGAUCAUGACCCCUGACACGGGCAUCAUCCUGAACAACGAGAUGGACGACUUCUCCCAACCCGGCCGGCGCAACGCCUUCGGCUUCGCCCCUUCGCCGUCCAACUACAUUGCCGCCGGCAAGCGGCCACUCUCCUCCAUAACCCCGAUCAUCGCCGAAUUUGCCGUCAACUGCUCCCUCUUCUUCGCAACCGGCGCAGCCGGCGGGUCGCGCAUCAUCAGCGCCACCACCCAAGUAGCGUGGCACAUACUCACGGGCAACAUGUCGAUGCACGAUGCCAUUGCCGAGCCCAGACUGCACCACCAGCUUCUGCCGGACAUGCUCAUGCUCGAGGACGGGUUCGACAACAGCACGGCGGAAAGCUUGACCGGGAAGGGUCAUGAGGUGGAGUGGAUGGCGCCGGGCACCAGUGCUGUGCAGGGCGUGAUGAGGCUGUGGGACGGGCGGUUUGAUGCGGUCGGGGAGACGAGGCAGGUCAAUAGUGGGGGUUAUAGCAUCUAAUGGCGAAGUUGAAGUCAUGGUGAGCCUGAGUUUGGGGAGAAAUCCGGGUUGAUGAUGUUACAGUUAACGCUACGUCCAUAGACAGAGGCAGCAUU